GUUGACAUGACAUCUUCCAUUCCAUGUUCUGCGACCGGCGGGUGGUAAACAAAUAGUUUUUUAUUAAAAACCAAGAAAAAUUAAAUGGCAAAGCAUCAUCCAGACUUAAUUUUUUGUCGCAAACAACCGGGAGUUGCUAUAGGACGUUUGUGCGAAAAAUGUGAUGGCAAAUGUGUUAUUUGUGAUUCUUAUGUACGACCAUGCACGCUAGUCAGGAUCUGUGACGAGUGCAAUUAUGGAUCUUAUCAAGGUCGUUGUGUUAUCUGCGGUGGACCAGGAGUUUCAGAUGCUUACUAUUGCAAGGAAUGCACGAUACAGGAAAAAGAUCGAGAUGGUUGUCCGAAAAUUGUGAACCUUGGCAGUUCCAAAACGGAUCUUUUCUACGAAAGAAAAAAAUAUGGAUUCAAGCAAAACUAUUAAUCCUAAUAUGAAAAACUCAUCAAUAUUCUACUUUAAUCAUCUUAAUGUGACUGAGGAAAACCCACAUUGUACCAAUAUAUCUAACAAACUGAGCAUAUUUAUACAUGGAUUUCGAUCUAAUUACUUUUAUUUAAAAUGUAAAUAUGUU